AUGUCAGAUUCGAUCUCCGUGAAGUCGGGAGACUCCCAGUACUUUGGGUUUGAUUCCAAUGUCGAAACCCAGGUCAGAGGACUUGCCCGUGAGCUCUCACACGUCUCUGCGUACGAGACAGAAAAGAACGACAACGACGCUCGCUCGCUGAUCAGAACGCUCACAAAUUACUCCCAGGUUCCUGGCGUGAACCCGUUUGUCGAGGACGGCAUUGAUUCGCGCCUGAACCCAGACUCAGACGAUUUUGACUCCAAGCUCUGGAUUCAGAACAUGCGUAAAUUGAUGGACUCGGACCCUGAAUACUACAAGCCUGCCAGUCUUUCUGUUGCGUUUAGAAACCUCCGUGCCAGCGGUGUUGUUUCCUCAGAGGACUACCAAACAACUAUUCUGACUGCGCCAAUCAAGUUUGUGAUGGAGAACUUCAACAACACUUUCCGCAAACAUGUGGAGUCCCGGUAUUUCGAUAUUCUGAAGCCCAUGGACGGCCUGAUUUUGCCCGGAACAUUCACACUUGUUCUUGGCCGUCCUGGUGCCGGGUGCUCCACCUUUCUGAAGACAGUUGCGUCGCAAACUUACGGUUUCAAAGUGGCUCCCGAGAGUAUCAUUUCGUACGACGGUUUCAGUCCCAAGGAUAUCGAAUCCAACUACAGAGGAGAGGUCACUUUUUCGGCCGAAAAAGACGAGCAUUACCCGCAGCUGACGGUGCGCCAGACGCUGGGCUUUGCAGCCAAGCUCAAGGCCCCAAGAAAUAGGCCGCAGGGCGUUUCUGCGCAGGCAUAUGCCGAUCACAUGACCAAAGUCUACAUGGCGAUGUAUGGUUUGUCGCACACGGCCGACACGAAAGUGGGUAACGACUUUGUCAAGGGUGUUUCUGGAGGUGAGCGCAAGCGUGUUUCCACGGCCGAGUUGUCGUUGUGCGGCUCAAAAAUCCAGUGCUGGGACAAUUCCACUAGAGGUUUAGAUUCUGCCACCGCUUUGGAGUUUUUGCGUGCACUGAAGACCUCUGCCACCGUGCUGCGAACCACGCCAAUCACGUCGGUCUACCAGUGUUCCGAGGACUCGUACAAUCUCUUUGACAACGUGCUGCUGCUCUACGAAGGCUACCAGAUUUAUUACGGCCCGGCCUCGCACGCAAAGCAGUUUUUCCAGAAAAUGGGCUACGUGUGUCCUCCAAGACAGACAACGGCGGACUUUCUCACGUCGCUGACCUCACCAAAGGAGAGAAUCCCGCGCGAGGGCAUGGAAAACAGAGUUCCACGCACGCCAAAGGAGUUCAACGACUACUGGCGCCAGUCGCCCGAGUAUGCAGACAUGGUUGCACAGACAGACGCAUACAUCAAAAAGAGCGCCGCCGACGAUCUUCGAGAGCAGUUCCAUCAGUCCCAUGUCGCCAGACAGGAGAAAGGCUCCCGCUCGCGGUCUCCGUACACAUCCACCUACUGGACCCAGGUGAGAGAAAAUAUGCGCAGAUACUGGUGGAAAAUCAAGGGCGAUCCGUCAUUGCUGUAUUUCCACAUCUUUUUCCGUGUGGCCAUCUCGCUCGUGAUCUCGUCGCUGUACUACAAUCUGAAAAACACCACCUCCGACCUCUACUACCGUGGAGCCUGUAUGUUUUUCGCGACUAUGUUUAAUGCCAUGUCUGUGAUGAUGGAGGUGAUCACCUGUUUCGAGGCGCGUCAGAUUGCCGAAAAGCACAAGAAGUACGCCCUGUACCACCCGUCGACCGACGCGCUCGCGUCCGUCAUCACCGAAAUUCCGAAUAAAGUCAUCAUCAACACCGGGUUCAAUCUGGUGUUCUACUUUAUGGUGAAUUUCCGCAGAACUCCGGGACAUUUCUUCUUCUAUCUGCUCACAAACCUCACCAGCACGUUCACGAUGUCGCACAUGAUGCGGUCGCUUGCGUCGCUGUUCCGCACGCUGUCCGAGGCCAUGACUCCGUCGAUGUUCCUGGUCAGUUUGCUCGUGCUCUACACCGGUUUUGCUGUUCCUGUUAAAGACAUGCACGGCUGGUCGAGAUGGAUCAAUUAUCUGGAUCCGAUCGCGUACGCGUUCGAGGCGCUGAUCGCAAACGAGUUCCACGGAAGACAGUUCGAGUGCAACGACUUUAUUCCUGGCUAUCCUGGCGUGCCACAAGAAAACACCAUUUGCAACACUCUGGGCGCCGAGGCUGGUGAAACGACCAUAUCCGGUACUAAAUACAUUGCCUUGGCAUACAAAUACUACGCCAAGCACAAAUGGAGGAACUGGGGCAUCAAUCUGUCGUUUGCAAUCUUCUUCCUUGGAGUGUACCUCCUGCUGGUGGAAAACUCCAAAUCUGCCAUGCAAAAAGGAGACGUGUUGCUUUUCCUGUCGAGCUGGUUCAAAACGCCAACUCACGCCAGAGCGAAAAGCGACAUCGAGACGGCCAACAAUAUUGAGAGCGUCAACUACGCCAAGGACGAGGCUGGAUCGUCCUCCGACUCCGGCCGGCUUGCUACCGGUAACGGCAUCUUCCACUGGAGAGACGUCUGUUUCGACAUCAAGGUCGGCAAGAAGCCAAAGAGAAUUCUGGACCACGUGGACGGCUGGGUCAAGCCCGGCACGCUGACCGCGCUGAUGGGCGCAUCUGGUGCCGGAAAGACCACGCUGCUGGAUGUGCUGGCCAACAGAGUCACCAUUGGUGUGGUGACCGGCUCCAUCUUCGUCAAUGGCCAGGAGAGAAACCAGUCGUUCCAGAGAUUCACCGGGUACGCACAGCAGCAAGAUCUUCAUAUCCAGACGGCCACAGUGCGCGAGUCUUUGCGGUUCAGUGCAUAUCUCCGUCAGGACGCUUCUGUGUCCAAACAGGAGAAAGACGACUACGUUGAGGAAAUUAUCCGUGUUCUGGAGAUGGAGAGCUAUGCUGAUGCUGUGGUUGGCGAGGCAGGCCAAGGUCUUAACAUCGAGCAGCGCAAAAGACUCACCAUCGGCGUGGAACUUGUCGCCAAACCGCAGCUGCUCCUGUUCCUGGACGAGCCCACGUCGGGUCUGGACUCGCAGACCGCCUGGUCGAUCUGCCAGCUCAUGCGGAAACUCUCCAACAGCGGCCAGGCCAUUUUGUGCACGAUCCACCAGCCGUCAGCCCGGCUUCUGCAGGAGUUCGACAGACUGCUUUUCCUGGCAGCUGGCGGAAAAACCGUGUAUUUUGGUGAGCUUGGACCUAACUGCCAGACGCUGAUCGAUUACUUUGAGAAGAACGGCGCCAAGCCAUGUCCUCCGCACGCCAAUCCUGCCGAGUGGAUGCUGGAAGUCAUUGGCGCGGCGCCCGGCUCGCACGCAAAAAGAGACUACCACGAGGUGUGGACUCAUUCUCCAGAAAGAGCUGCUGUUCUAGAGGAACUGCACAGACUGGAAGAAACUGCCGACGAGAAAACACACCAGGAAGAAGCCAAACAGCGCCAGUUCGCCACGUCGUUCGCAACCCAGUACCAUCUUGUCACCAAACGCAUGGUCCAGCAGUACAUCCGUACACCGUCGUACAUCUACUCGAAGCUUCUGAUGGCCAUUGGUGUGUCCAUGUUCAACGGGUUCACGUUCUUCCACGCCAACCACACGAAACAAGGUCUCCAGGACCAAAUGCUCUCCAUCUAUCUUAUGUGCAUGUCGGGUAUGGUCUAUUUCCAGCAGCUGCUUCCACUGAUCGAAGAAGAGAGAAACGUCUACGAAGUGAGAGAACGGCCGUCGAAACUGUACAGCUGGUACGCGUUCGUGUCUGCAACGUUCACGGCCGAGCUGCCGUGGAGUUUCAUCACCGGCACGCUGUCAUUUGUCACAUGGUACCUACCCCUGGGCCUGUACCGGGACGCGGAGCAGACAAACUCCGUUUCUGAGCGCGCCGGCCUGGUUUGGUUGUACCUGACGUUUUUCUACAUGUACGCCACGACUCUUGGCUACUUCUGCUCGUUCGGACUGCAGGUGAUGUCCAACGGAAUGAACAACUCGUUCAUGGUGUUUAUGCUGUCGAUGAACUUCUCCGGAGUGCUGAUCUAUCCUACCGGUUUCUGGACCUGGUUAUAUCACGUUUCUCCGCUGACAUGGUGGAUCGGCGGCAUUGUUCCUGCGGGAAUCCGCGAUACGAGAAUCCGCUGUGCUAGUGACGAGUACGUCAAAUUCCCGCCUCUAUCUGGCCAAACGUGCGGUCAAUAUAUGCAGGAGUUUAUCACCAAGAAUGGCGGCGGAUAUGUGGUGAAUCCUGACGCCACAGAUAUGUGCGAGUUCUGCUCAAUGUCCAACUCCAACCAGUUCCUUCUGGGAAGACACAUGAACCCAGACCAUAUGUGGAGAAACUUUGGACUGAUCAUCGCCUACACGGCAUUCAACAUUAUUUGUACAUAUGCCUUCUACUACAUCUUCCGUGUUCCAAAGAAGGGCAGCCGCGUGGAGAAGGAAACCUUCUUUAUUGAGGAAGAAGACGAAGAAGACGAGAAAGCUGCACCAAAGAAAUGGUGGCAGAAACUUGGCAAGAAAAAUUAA